AUGAAUAUUAUAAAAAACAAGCAGCGAAACAGAAUGAAGCUAACUCUUUUGAAAUCAAUUCUAAAAAUACGCUGCGGUAUACAGUUAAUGGGAAAGUGCUACAACAAUUAUGAAAUUCCUUUAAAUCUUAUAAAACAAAUCGGGACGAAGGAGUCAUAUCAGUCUGAUAAGGAUAACAAAGGUGAUUAUGGCAAUGUCAUAACAUCUCAUGGCAUUCCAACAUUACUGCCUUGUGCAUCAGAUGACAUAGAGCAGCGUCAAAAGUGGGAAGGAUUAGGGGACUUACUACGAAAAUUCAUGUACAAAGUUUUCGAUGAAGGAUUCGACGUUUUCAUUGUUGGGUAUUCGUGA